AUGGAGCGCCUGCUGCCCACCGAGCUGCUCACGCUCGCCAAGAAGGCGCGGGCCGACUUCUUCGACGAAGAAAUCGCGCAGAAGCUGGCGCAGCAGUCGCAGUUCGAGAAGCAGAUGGUGACGAAGCUGCUGCAGGUGCGGCGCGAGCGCGUGGUGGUGGAGGACAACUUCUGGAUGGCGCGGGACGUGAUGAAGGAGCUGCUGGAGACGGUCAAGGCCGCGUCGGCGCCCGAGGAGGCGUCCCCGCUCGCCAACAACGCCGAGAAGCUCAUCUUCAAGGAGCGGACGCUCAGCUUCUACAAGUGGAUGCUGGCCGAGCAGCGCAAGGAGGCGGCCGAAGAGAACUUGAGGAUUUGCGAAGAGGUCGUGAGCGUGCUGGUGGACCUCGCCCUGCAUUCGGCAGAGGUGAUGGAUGAAUGGAACACGAUGAUUUUCGCGAAUUACCCUCUUUUGGACAUGACGGACCAGGAAGAGCUCGUCGAGAGGCUUGAAAAACUCGAAAAGUUGAAGAACCUUUCUGUUUUCGGAGAGGACGAGGACUCCAUGUGGGCGUCCAGCAACCUGUGCAAGCAGCUGGCAAAGGAGGCUGCGCUCGACCGCGUGGCAGUGCGCGAGUACAUUGACUUGAAGGGGCGCUGGGAUCCGAGUCGCUGUGAGAAAGACCUUGAUGUGCCCUCUGAGUCCGGUAUCAGAGUUCUGGGGCAUGCGCUGCCCGAGGCCGCCAAGCUGCCGCCGCGCACGGUGGCGGCGGCGCUGCUAGGCGUGCGCGACCCGCGCUCGCGCCGCGUGCUGCGCCGCCUGCUGGAGGCGCAGCGCGUGCUGCUGGUGGAGCCCGAGGCGGCCGUCGCCGACUGCGUGGAGCGCUUCCAGCAGGAGAACGUGCCCGAGGACACCGAGGACGAAAUCACGGAAGCGCCGGCCAAGUCCAUCGAGGAGGAGAAGGAGCCCACCCCGCCGAAGCCGGACCGCUCCAGCAAGAAGCCCAGCAAGAAAUGCGAGUAG